AUGCACGCCGAGGCGAUGCCGAUCGUGGAUGUGCUCAAGCUCACUCAGGCCGAUUCGGCAAUUUUUCCAAAGGGCGUGCCGUGGAUCCGAUACACUGGGAGCCUGGAAGAGGGACUACUCGACAUUGAUGUGGUAGUGCCUGGGAAAUGCCCCAUUUUUGGAGUAGACAACGUAGGAACUGUACCAUUAGCUCUUGCGACAUUCGCGGCGAUCCAGGCUCUACAACCCGACCUGGUGAUCAAUGCUGGAACUGCCGGCGGAUUCAAGAUCUUUGAUACGUAUGGCAUUGCCACCACAAAGUGUACCGCAGUCCCAAACAUGAUCGCUGCUCUUGGUUUCAAGGGAGCAGCAGUCGUGUACGUGACAAAUCUCCUGUCAGUUCCAGCGAUUCUUCUCAAGUCAGUCACUGACAUCGUCGACGGCGUGCGGCCCACAACUGAAGAAUUCUUAGAAAAUCUCUCCACUGCGGCAGUGGCACUGCUCAAAACCGUCGUCAUGGCACUGAAAUUCGUCCAUGGCAAGACCGUCACCGAGUUAUAA